UUAAAUGCUCGCGCUGCGCUUUAAAUAGCAGGUGUGAGAAACUGUGUCCCUGCAUACACCCCUCAAACACCACCACCGUCAUCACCACCGCCAUCACCGCCGCAAUGUCCACCGCCAGCGCCGAGACCACCGCGCAGCUGCCCCCGGCCGCGGACAGGGUGUUAUUUCAGCCCGGCGUGGGCUGCGCCGGUUCCGGACCGAUGCAGCGGGAUGACCCGGUGCAGAAAAAGCAGGGCAAAGUGACGGUGAAGUACGACAGAAAAGAGCUGCGGAAGAGACUGAUACUGGAGGAAUGGAUCAUUGAACAGCUGAGCGAACUUUACGACUGCGAGGAAGAGGAAAUGCCAGAGGUGGAGAUAGACAUUGAUAAUCUCCUGGAGGUGAACAGUGAAGACGAGAGAGCCAUAAAACUACAGGAAUCACUGUCAGACUGCUACAAGCCCACUGACGACUUUGUGCGCGAGCUCCUCGGCAGGAUAAGAGGAAUGAGAAAACUCAGUGCUCCGCAGAAGAAAAGCUUUUAAGUGCUCGAAAAUGCCAACGACAAUCCAGCUACCUGUACUACAGGUCCCACAAUCCAUCACUCAACGUAGAGUCGACCUCAUACAGCCCUCAAGGAUUCGCUAUCCCAGGAUUCAUUUCUGGCCCAGAAUCAAUAUGCUAGAGUUCAUUUUCCAAGGACCUUGACUUUGUUCAGUACACCUAAAUUGAGUCAUCCAUUUCCCAUAGAUCAGACAAUAAAUCCAAGAGUGCAAAGUUAAUCCGGGACACAAUCAAACAAUCUCAGCAGCCGCUCGGGACAGUCUAAUGUUCCUGUCAUCAACCUCUCAAAGGGUCUUACAGGCCCAACACAUUAUUACACAUUUUGGUGCAGUAUUACAGCUAUUUUUAUGAACCACAACCGACUACAAAGCUAUUUUAUGUAGCCUAUU